AUGGGAACACAGCUCGACUAUCGUCAAAGGCUUAACUUUGUCCCGGACAUUGUUAAAAUGUCUGAUGCGGCUGUCCAGUCGUCGCCGAUUCCGGGCGUCCUUGGACAAGCCUGGAUCGAUCAGGUUGAGAAGGAAUUCGACAAAGCAUUCGUGUCGCUCGAUAUCCUGCUCGGCGAGGUCGAUUCAGAUCAGGUUGAGAUCACGUACGAGGGACGCCAGAAGAUGACGGCCCUAUCCUCGUGCUUCGCGCAGCUUCUCCACAAAACGCAAACGUUGCACCACGCCCUUUCCCGCGUUCAGAAUGAGAGCAACAACCUUCGCGAUGAUUUGGUGUCGGCGAGGACUGUGAGCGCGGAGCGGCACAAGGAGUCGCAGCAGUUGCUUGUUCAGGUGCAUAGCCUCCAAUGUGAGCUGCACUCCAAGACGGCGCCGCACGAGUCGGAUAUGAUCAAAAAGAAGCUGGAUCUUGAGAUCAACGCUUUCCGUGAUGAGGUGAUCCCAUCGUGCGGCAACGUGUUCGUGGGCGAUGCCAUUCUAUCAGUCAACGGCAUCGAUUUGCGGACCGUGAAGCAUCAAGAAGCCGUCGAGAUCUUGUCCACUCAGCAAGGCGACCUGGAGCUGGAAUUGGUGUUUGUUUCGCCGGAUGAGGACUCGGAUGACGAUGGCACGGUGAUGAUCGAAGAUGCUGAUGGGACGCUAUUCAACAUGUACAACAACAACAAUCUGAACAGCGUGGCGACGGGCAGCACCGGGGCGGCCAGCAGCGAGCCCCAGUCGAGCUCAAGGUCUUCGACGUCUUCUCGACCAAAUUCUGGAGGCCUC